CGUCUCCACUCAGCUGGGCAUCGGUCUUGAGCAGCGGUCUGGCCCCUGGCUUUCCCCAGCUUCUCCACAUCAUUCUCGUGGGCUCGGCAAUCGCGUCGGCGGAAGACCUCAAGUAUACCUUGUCUCUUGCGUGAAGAAUGCAAGUGUAGACUCUGUACACUUACAGAUGAUGUGAAUGUGAGCUCCUCUCCGUCGAAAGAAAGACAUCCACUCCCACAGCAUGGCCACUUCAUCCCUCCCAAACGGCGACACCGCGUCUCCACCCGACGACAAAAUCAUAGAAACACAAUUCCUAAUCGUCGGCGCCGGCCCAGCAGGCGCCAGCCUCGCCUGCUUCCUCGCAGAAUACGGGCUGACCGGCAUCGUGGUCGUGAAAGCCCCGGGCGUAGCCAAAGAACCGCGAGCCCACAUCACCAACCCCGGCGCCCUCGAAUGCAUGCGCGACAUCGGGCUCGAAGGCGAGUGCCUGCGCAACGCCACGCCGGGCAACUGCAUGCAGCAUACGCGCUGGUGCCGCACCAUGGCCGGCGAGGAGUGGGCGCGGAUUCACUCGUGGGGCAACCAGCCGGAUCGCCGGGGCGAGUACGAUGCCAUGUCGCCUUGCAAGCACGUCGAUCUACCGCAGACGCUUUUCGAGCCGAUUCUCGUUACGCGCGCUGUGAACAAGGGGUGGAAGGUGCGGUUUGAUUCGGCGUGGGUCAGGUACGAGCGCGACUCGCCGGAUGGGCUCAUCACGUCUACGAUUGAGGAUAUGAUUACCGGGCGCACAUAUCGAAUUCGAUCAAAGUAUCUAUUUGGGUGCGAUGGGGGCCAGAGUCGGGUGAUGAAGCAGCUUGAUAUCCCUCUCAAGCGAGAUCCCGGCCAAGGACUAGCAAUCAAUAUCCUCGUCAAGGCGGAUCUGUCGAAGCUGGUGACCAACCGAACGGGCAAUCUGCAUUGGGUCUUCACCCCCGACAUCCAGUACCCAUUAUGGGGCUGGUCGAUGCUGUUUCGCAUGGUGAAGGCGUGGGACGAGUGGAUGCUUAUCACAAUACCGCAUCCGUCGUUUGACGAUUUCAAGAUCCGUCCGUCGGAUGAAGAGUAUCUCAAGCGAGCUCGCCAGUGCCUCGGAGACGACAGCAUCGACAUCGAAAUCCUCGACGCGUCGAAGUGGUAUAUCAACGAGAUUGUGGCGGAGCGCUACAGCGAUGGGAAUAUCUUGUGCUUUGGCGACGCCACUCACCGCCAUCCGCCGUUCAAUGGGCUGGGAUCGAAUACGUGCGUUCAAGACGCUUACAACUUGGCCUGGAAGAUUGCGUUCGUGGAGAAGGGGCUGGCGGAUCCUAAAUUGCUGGACUCAUUCAGUCUUGAACGGCAGCCUGUGGGAGAGGGCGUAAUUCGACGAGCAAAUCAAGGACUUCGAGAUCACAUCCCUGUCUUUGAAGCGCUCGGCGUUCUACCAUUGACCCUUGAGGAGCGUAUGAAACAACAUGGCGAACUCGCAGCACCGACUGAAGCCGGAAAGAUCAGAAGGAAGAAGCUACAAGAUGCAAUUAAAUACACCGAGCACGAGUUCGGAGGGGUUGGACAAGAGAUGAACUACUGGUACGAGUCCGACGGCAUAUACACCAAAGACGAAAAGCAGCCCCGUCCACCUUUGCCGAAAGAUUAUGUCCUCCACUACCAAAUCACCACCUACCCCGGAGCACGAUGUCCACAUGCUUGGCUCAAUACCCGUACACCUGUCGAACCCAUCUCCACCCAAGACCUGGCUGGCCACGGUGCAUUCUGUCUCUUGACCGGACCUGGCGGAGAGAGAUGGAAAGACGCUGUGCAGAACGCAAGCGAACAGCUGGGCAUCCCGAUUAACGUGUAUAGCAUUGGCUGGAUGCAAGACUGGGAGGAUGUGUACGACGACUGGGCCCGACGGCGAGAAGUGGAGGAAGAUGGAUGUGUGCUGCUGCGGCCGGAUCGAGUGGUGUGCUGGCGGAGCAUGACGAUGCGAGAAGACUGCGAUGCGCAUCUGCUGAGUGUGUUGGAAGCUGUGUUGGGGAAGAGAUGAAGUAGAGA